AUGAGAUUGGCCGAUCAUCAAAUACGAAGUAUUUUAAGUUAUACAUUAGACUUAAAGACAUUUUCCCGAAUGAUAGUUUUGUCGAAAAGGGUAUCUCGUUUGAUCGUUGAGAUGAGGACAAAUCCACCAUUUCAACUGGAACCGAAAACACAAAAAAAUUUUGAAAAAAUCAUCUCAUCAAUUUUUCGGAUUUUUCCAAAGAUAGAAAUUUUAAAUGUCACUUCAGAUUUUUUGCCGUUUGACUUCUCUCAUUUUGAGAUUGCGUCAAUCAACGCGGUGCCAAUGAGCGACAUUUUCCCGAAAAAUAUUCCACACGAUAAAAUUGUCACAUUUUUUGGAACUGUUUCACUUUUUCUCGAAAAGAUUUCACUUUUCACAAAACUUGAAAAUAUCUAUUUAGUCAAUCCCGAAGAGAACCCGGCGAGUGAAAUGAUCUCCAAAUUGGAAAACAUAGAAUUUCCGCGCACCGUUAAAUUUGUUGAGUUUUGUUUAGAAGAGGAGGACAAAACUAAAAUAUUUUUCAACGCAAAAAUCUUAGAGAAAUUGAAGCAAUCUGGUGCUCACAUAGUUGUCAAUCACCCUGAGAUUACCGACGUGUCAAAAGAGAUUCGUGAAAUGAUUGGUGUGCAAUAUACACAUCUUUACGCCGCAAAUUUCUAUUUUGGGAAGUUUGAUACUCAAAUCAUAGUCUUAACAUCCCACUUUAAUAACUUUUUUGAAGAUUCCAAAGCUAAAACAUUUGAUUUCAAAGCUUUUAUGGAAUUAUAUCUUCCAUACUCGUACACAGGAAGCCAAACUGAAUUUAUUAAAGAAAUGACAAGUCUGAGUAAAAUCAAUUUUGAUACAGCGAAAAUUCCUUUGACCAUCCCACACAGUGCAACUAAAUUAGUGUUAGACUUUCCGACAAAAGACAUUCGAUUUGAUGGCAGAGAAACUCUUAGAGCACUCCAAAAACUGCGCAUACGGGACUUCCCGAAAAGGGUAGAAUUUCCUUCUUGUUUGAAAGAAUUAGUCAUUGAGGACUUAAGUCGGAAGCCUCCAGAGUUGAUGACUUUGGAGUUGGAGACCCUCAAGAUAUUUAAAUGGAAGAACUUCCCACAGAUCUCGCGGAAGAUCAAAAACGUCGUAAUUAAACGGUCGUUACCGUGUGGGCUGAGUCUUCCGUCAUGUUUAGAGGUGUUAAAAGUAGCUCAGUGUAAUGAAAUCAUAGAAUCAAGACGGUUGAAAGAGUUAUUUAUAGCAGAAGGAAAUUGUUUGAAUGCGUCAUUUGUUCCGACUACAUUAGAAGUGUUGAGUGUUUCUUCUAUUAAAGAAAUUGACAUCGUCAAAUUGAAAAAUCUGCGCGAGGUCGACUUACAAAUCUGUGUGAACAAAGACGAGCCGUUUGACUGUGGGAAAUUGAAGAUCCCAAAGAGCGUCAAAAAGAUGAAAAUCACGAUGGAACUUGCGGAAGAAGAUUGUGAGACGGAAAGCGUUGUCGACCAGUUGAAAAUGUACUUUAGAUGGGUGGAUGAUCUCAAUGUAGUCGAUUCAUUCUUGUUGUAA